UUCUUCUUAGUGUAAUUAGAAGUGUAAAUAGGAGAUAAAUGAUUCAAAGAAUAUUAUUAAUAUUAUAUAUUUUUAUGCAUGUACCACAUGCACAUAUGCAUACAUGCGAUUCUUAUACUUUUAUGACUUAAGGAUUCCUUAAAAAUGGAAUCGAAAUUAAAAUAACGAAUUACCACAAUGUAAUUAAUGCAAUGUAUACAAUUGUCAUAUUGAUUUCAAUAAUUCGUAUUAAAUUUCGAUAACCUUUAAACCAUUUUUGAGUUUUUAACUCCUUAUAUAUACCAUCUAUCUAGUGUACGAAAUAAGUAAUAAUUUUCAAAUCGUUAAUUAUUUGCUGAAGAAAAUGGAAACAGUACGACCUUGCGGUUGUAAAGGAAUAAGAUCUUGCCUUUUCUGUGAGACCGAAUAUAAGAUUGUAAAAGACAACCUUAAGACUCGUUUUGAGAAAUGUUCCAGUUAUGUAUAUUGUCCAAACUGUGACAAAGCAUGGCCCGGUUGGGAUAUUAAUCUCUAUAAAAAUCAUCCAAAUCACAAAGGCACUAGUACAGAAUUUCCUGGUGUUUAUAUAAAGCUGGAUUUUCUAAGUCCGUGUGAAAUUAAGUCACUGAAAAAUGCACUUGAGGAAAUACCUUGGGAUGUUUCUCAAAGUGGAAGGAGGAAACAGAAUUUUGGACCAAAAUGUAACUUUAAGAAGAAGAAACUUCAGCUGGGUGCCUUUAGUGGUUUUCCAAAGUCUACUCAGUUUGUGCAACAAAAGUUUUCUGAGAUACCCAUACUUAAUAAUUUCCAAACAGUAGAGCAAUGUACUUUGGAAUAUGACCCACUACGAGGAGCUUCCAUAGAUCCGCAUAUUGAUGACUGCUGGAUUUGGGGUGAAAGAAUAGUUACUGUUAAUGUCAUGGGUAACUCAGUUUUAACAAUGAGCCCAUAUCGUGGUCCAUAUGCAAAGUACAAUUUAGAAAGUGUCAUGGAAUAUUCCGCAAUACUUAAAGACUUUAAGUUUGAUACAAACAAUAAAAAUGAAAAAAAUGAAGAUAUCAUUGUGAGGCUGCCAAUGCCUGAAGGGUCUCUUAUGGUUCUUUAUGGCAACGCAAGGUACAAAUGGGAGCAUUGCGUUUUAAGAGAAGAUGUAACUUCUAGACGAAUUUGUUUAGCUUAUCGUGAAUUAACUCCUCCAUAUUUAUAUAGCUCAGCAAAUAAUCAAGUAAUUGAAGAACUUCUAAAGAGAGCUUCAGUCUUUCAAUGA